CCGUAAGCGCAACGGCCGUAUCCACCUUUCCCGGCUCGGAUCGCAGCGGAAGCAAAGCCACAGCGGAUACACUUCCGAGGAAGAGGACGAGUCCCAGAACAGCGGCUUCACGCUAAUCGACGAGCCACCAUCGUCGCGGUCCACCAGGUCCAGCUUCGGAUCUGUCGCUUCCAACUUUGCUUAAUCCCUUACUCGCGGGUAAGAGCAAAGGGGUAAAGGGGAAGAAGCAAAGAGGCAAGAUGGCGCCAAACACUAGGCCCCCGCCUAAGCAGUGGCUUAUGGGCGCCGAAGCCUUCGAGAAGCGCAUGCCGCACCACGCCGGAAUACGAGCGCUCUGGGAGACCAAGUGGCGUGAGCCGUGCCGUCGGUCUGUGUACCCUUUCCACGAUGGCGCGUUCGAGGACUUCGAGCCCGUGUUUCUAGACUUAAUCGCGCGGGAUAUCAACGACGGGAACUCGGCCGAAUAUACACUUGCCUUCGUUCCCACGGCCCAGGCUCUCGAAAAGCGCGCCGACGACGCCGUAACGAAAGGGGAAAUCGAGUACAAAGAAGCAUCAGAUCUAUACCUGCGCGCCGCGUGUCUCCUACGAAUCGCCCGGUUUCCGUACAUCACCGGCUUCCCCAGCAUCAGCGACUCCGUGAAAUGGGAGGCCUGGGAGCUUCAAAAAGCAAUCUACCGCAAAGCCGGCGCUCUAUGGUCCCCCUCUCCGCUACUAGAAGUAUCGAUCCCACACACCUUCGCCCAAGGCCGCGACGGCCCCUCCAUCCCAGCAUACGUGCGCGUACCCGCGUCAACCACCCCCGGCUCAGACCAAAAACCACACCCCACGGUCAUCCUACUAACGGGCCUCGACGGCUACCGCCCCGACAACACGGCGCGGUGCGACGAGUUCCUCGCGCGCGGCUGGGCCGCCCUCGUCUUCGAGAUCCCGGGCACAGCCGACUGCCCAGCCGACUCCGCGGACCCGUCGUCGCCGGACCGGCUGCUCGACUCCGCAUUCGCGUGGAUGGCAAACGACGGCCGUUUCGAUACUACGAAAGUCAUGUGCUGGGGCCUCAGCAGCGGCGGGUACUACGCCGUGCGCGCCGCGCAUACGCACCGCGAGAAGCUGGUUGGUGUUGUGGCGCACGGCGCCGGCACGCAUCAUUUCUUUGCUAGGGAGUGGCUUGAGCGCGCUGAUGGGCAUGAGUACCCGUUUCAGCUUACGCCGGCGCUGGCGAUGAAGCAUGGGUAUGGUGCGGAUGUUGAGGGGUAUUUAGCUGGCGCGCAGGCUAAGUUUUCGUUGCUUGAGACGGGGGUUUUGGAGAGGCCGAGUACGAGGUUGUUGCUUGUUAACGGCAUGCAUGAUGGGCUCAUGCCGAUCGAGGAUUCGAUCUUGCUGUUCGAGCACGGGUCCCCCAAGGAAGCCCGGUUCUUCACUGGCGCGCUGCAUAUGGGAUAUCCUAUGGCGAACUCGUCGGUGUAUCCCUGGAUGGAGCAAGUUAUGGCUUCUACGAAGUGAUGUUUUACUAUGUGUAUCAAUUACCUAUGGAGUUGCAUUGGUGUAUUUGUAUAGCUGGGUACGGUUCGGAAAUGGCAAAAUGGGUUAUGUUUAUGCCAGUUAUGAAAGAUGUCAACGGCUCAAAUUGUACUCAUCGGUGAAA